AUGAAAAUUUUGGAAAAUCUUUUACCAUACAAUCAAGAAAGCGAAAUCGAAACGUCCAAAAUUUGCUGAUUUUAUGAUGAGACGUCUGAUCUAAUAGAACUUGACCUUGAAACUUUUGAGAAAACGCUUCACAGACUUAUUAUUCCUGAAAAUAAUAUUGAUGAAAGAAUUUGUAUUUGUCAAUUACCAGGUAAUAAGCUAUUUUGUUAUGGAAACACAAUAGGAUGGGCAGAUUUUAGUGGAAUUACUUUUAUUUUUAAUGAAAAUUAUGAGGUUCAAGUUCUCCCUACAGGGACACCAAGCCUGGGAUGCUGUGGGACUUAUUACAAAGAUUGCGUUUAUGUUUUUGGAGGUGAAUUUGCGGAGAGAUUUAAUAUAGAUAAGUGAAGAUGGGAAAAAUUGAUAAAGCUUCCAAGUAGAACUCGUUGAUACUCUUCUACCUUUUUGAAUGAUAUACUUUUGGUUACAGGAUAUGAUUGGGACAAAAUAUUUGCUUUAGAUUUAUUUACUUUGUCCUUUUCUUCAUGCCCUAUUUCUUUGCUUUGAUAUGAAACAAAAUUUCUUUGCAAUUUUGAAGAUUCAGCUUACUUAAUUGAUUACCCUGGGAAAAUUUUUGAAAGUGGUAAAAAUGACCCUUUUAAUUGGAAUUUAAUAGGAAAUUUUGCAGGUUCAGAGCAAGGAGGAAUUAUCGGACGUAAGGCUCUUUACAAUAAAGCAUGGUAUUUUUUGACUGGAGAUUCAGAAAUUAUAAAAUUCGAUUUAGAAGAAAAGAAGAUUAUAAGAAUUAAUUUACCGCUUACAUAUUAA